AUGAAGCGUUCUUCUUCAGAAAAUGGAGAAUGUUCAAGAAUCACUCAACCACAAAAGAGGAACCGAACACGCUCGGGAACGGUAGAGGGAAGGGUAGAUCUUGAUCGUCUUGACUGUCCUAUUUGUUACCAGCCAUUCACUGUCCCAAUCUUUCAGUGUGACAACGGACAUGUAGUUUGCGGUGUUUGCCGUCCUAAUCUGAAUCUGGAUAAAUGUCCAUUCUGUGCUUUGCCCAUUGGUAACAAUCGCUGCAGAGCAAUGGAGAGCAUUCUUGAAUCAGUCACUGUCCCAUGCCGAAACGCCCACUUAGGCUGCACAAAGUAUGUUCCUUACGGGAGAGAAGAAUCAAAUCACGAGAAGGAACAUUGCAAGUUCUCUCAAUGUUCUUGCCCUGAGGCUGAGCUCGAACAUUGCAAACACACCGGCGUCUACAACGAAAUCUACUUCCACUACAUGGUUUAUCACUUGUUGAAAGACGAUUGUUUCUUCACUUUUGGUGAAUCCAAGAAAGUGCGGAUGCUUAUAAGCGAAAAGAGUUUGGUUCUCAAAACGCUUCUCAGGAGUUUAAUGUUCGUGAUGCAAUGUAUCAGGGAGCCUAAUGGUGUUUAUGUGAUGAUAAGCUUUCUUGCACCGACGUCUCCGGAAGUUGAGAAGUUCUCUUAUCGGCUCUCGUACUCUUACAAUGGGGAAGAAACUCAUACUCAUGGACCGUUGGAGAUGAAGAAUGUUCUUAAAGUGAGUUUUCAGAUCCCUCAAGAGAAAGAAGAUGCCAUGUUUCUUCCUAACAGGUUCUUGCGUGGCGAUGAAUUGGAGUUGGAGCUCUGUAUUAAGGAAGUUGUUUAA